AUGAUUGUCCAAACGACUACCGAUUUUGUCCUCUCUCACCUCACGGAAUCUUUUCUCUCAUGUCUUAUUCUCUACACUGUUUAUUCGACCAUAUGGAACUAUAGGAAACCGAAAGUUGUUCAUCUAGCAACGGGUGAAACUCCAGCCGUCAUUGGUCUCCCAAAAACGUACCCAUGGCUCUUCCCCAAGCUUCGGUCACGGCUCGCGUCGUUUAACAAUAUUUAUGCAUGGAUGGAUGAGGGAUACGCCAGAUACAGUAAACAUGGAAAGCCGUUUAUGAUAUACGCUAUCGAUGGAGAUAUGGUCGUGAUGCCUCCAUCGGUCUUGUCGGAGAUCAAGAAUCUGCCAGCGAGCAUUAUGGAUAUCAGAGCUCUUGAGACCCUCGCCGUCCGCUAUACAUUUGACAAUUAUGUUGCAACUGAUAUGUUCCAUAUCCCUAUCAUCCGCAAGGAUCUUACCGCCAAGCUUGCCUCCAUGACCCCUGCGGUUGUUGAAGAGUUGGAUCUAUCAUUCAAGCAUUAUAUACCUAAACUGGCUACUAAACCUGAUGAGAAAGGAUGGCAAACGGUCACGAUGUACGACUUGAUUCUCAAAGUUGUUGCAAGGACGAGUCACAGAGUGUUCAUUGGUGAAGAGCUAUGCCGUGAAGAAGAAUACUUAGAUGCAUCGAUUGAUUAUGCCGUCGGUGUGUUCCCUACCAGUAUGGCAUUGAACUGCUUUCCAAAGUUCCUAUGGCCUCUUCUUGGACCCAUCUUUUCCAUUCCACUAAAUCGCAUCCGCCGCAGAGCUCGUAAACACUUGGAGCCUGUCAUCCUCAAACGUAUUGCCCUUAUCAAGCAAGGGGUCCCAGAGUCAGAACGUCCAAACGACCUAAUGCAAUGGCUUAUUGAAGCCUCUCUCACUCGUGGUGGCGGCUUUGCAACCGUUGACGCUAUCGCCGCUCGAGUGCUUACCGUUGCCUUUGCUGCAAUCCACACCACUUCCCUCUCUGGCUGUAAUACUCUUUACGAUCUCUCAUGGCUCGCUUCUAAGACCCAACCUGGGGAACAGACACCCAGUGAAAUGCUCCGUGAUGAAAUCAUGCAUGUUUUCCCGCCGCCACAUGAGUUUAACAAACGAUACAUGCAGCGGUUGUAUAACAUGGAUGCGUUUCUUAAGGAGUCUGUUCGUCUCUCGCUUAUCGGUGCUAUCCACUCUGAACGCAAUGUCACCGCCAAAGGAGGAUAUACGACUUCGAAUGGAUGGUAUCUACCGAAAGGAACACAGUUCACCUUUCCAGCCAAGGCACGAAUGGAGGAUGAAGAAGUAUAUGAGCGUCCAAAGGAGCAUUUAUACACAAGGUUCUAUAGAGGUGAUAUUGUCGAGGGUGGCAAUACUUUUGAAGAACAAGAGGAAGUUACGCCGCAGAAUGAGAAGGAGAGAAAACUUGACAGAUAUAUGGUUACUGUGACUGAGGACUAUCUAGCUUUUGGACAAGGGAUUCAUGCUUGUCCAGGAAGGUUUUUCGCUGCUCUCGAGUUAAGGACUCUUAUUUCCUGGUGGCUAUUACAUUAUGAUCUUAAGAGUAUGGAAGAAAGGCCGCCAAGCUGGAGGUUUGUCUGGUUGGAUAUCAUGAACACGGAGGCUAAAAUGCAAAUCCGUGCCAGGAAACAAGGAUAA